AUGUCGACUCAUUGGAACCCAUUGUCAUUAUCAUUUAAGCGAUUCGGCAGCAGGACCCACAAUAAUAAAAAUCCGCUAAUUAUCUGUCAUGGCCUCUUCGGAUCCAAGCAACACUGGAAAAGUCUGGCACAAAAAAUUCACGCCAUCACUCAACAUGACGUAUGGACCAUUGAUGCCCGUAAUCAUGGUGAAAGCCCCCAUCAUCCAACCCAUGAUUACCAAGUGAUGGCUAAUGAUCUGGUCCACUUUAUGAAUCAACAUGAAUUGAAAAAGUCAAUUCUACUCGGACAUUCCAUGGGCGGUAAAGUGGCGAUGAAUGCUGCCCUUCGUUAUCCACAGUUAGUAGCCAAAUUGAUCGUAGUGGAUAUCCCACCUUUGCAAGUUCCUUUAACAAAAGAAUAUCACGGCUAUAUCAAGGUCAUGAAAGAGAUCCAGCAGAAGCGACUUAAACGACAGAGUGAAGCUUACGACAUGAUCUCUGCCGUUGAGCCUGAUGUUGGGGUGCAACACUUUUUGCUCACCAACCUAAAGAAGAAUUUGAAAAAAGAUGGCAUCUACGAGUUUAGAAUACCUUUGGAUAUCCUCGACAGCGCCUUGGAUAAUUUAGGCGAAUUCGAAUCGAGCAUUCCUGCAGCUCCGAGUAGUGAUAGGAGUAGUAUUCACUUUAUGGGGCCUACCCUGUUUAUCACUGGACAGCAUAGCCCUUUUCGGGUACCUUUUGUAGAAUACCCAGACAAGAUAAAAGCAUUCUUUCCAAACUCUACAGUGAAAGAGAUCAAAGGAUCGGGCCAUUGGGUCCAAGCUGAUAAACCUGACGAGUUUUUAGAUACUGUCAAUACAUUUAUCAAUGAUGGUGUAGAGUAG